AUGCCUCCCCGCACGUCCGCGCGCAGAAAGGCGCAAGCUGUAGUCGAGACCAAGGUCGAAGAGACGACGACGACCACGAAGACGAACGGAACCAAGAGCACAGCCGUGGCUGCUACGAAGUCCAAGACCACAAUCACCAAGAAACCUUCCACGAAGCGCAAGGCUGCAUCAGACGACGAGCACGAGAGCUGUGGAAGCUGCGCCGAGGAAGAAGAGGAGAAGCCUGCGAAGAAGAGGAAGACAGCAGCCAAGGGCAAGGCGAAGAAGGAGGACGAUAUGCCGCUGGCGGACCGCACGGCCGUGUCUUCGCUGAAGAAGGCGAUGUACAUCGGUGCUCAUGUGAGCGGUGCCGGUGGUGUGCAGAACUCCAUCCAGAAUGCCCUCCAUAUCGGUGCCAACGCCUUUGCUCUGUUCCUGAAGUCACAGCGUAAAUGGGAGAGCCCUCCUCUGGCAGCGGAUGCGAAGGAGCAGUUCGUCUCUCUGGCAAAGGACAAUGACUACGACGCCGCCGCUCACGUCCUCCCCCACGGUUCAUACCUCGUCAAUCUCGCCCAGGCGGACGCCGACAAGGCGAAGCAGGCAUACACGAGCUUCAUUGACGACCUUAAGCGGUGCGAGCAGCUGGGCAUCAAACUGUACAACUUCCACCCGGGUAACACGGGAGGCGCAUCGCGCGAGGAGGCGUGCGGGCGCAUUGCGGCGCAGCUGAACACCGCGCACAAGGCCACGAAGAAGGUUGUUACCGUCUUGGAGAACAUGGCAGGCGCGGGCAAUGUUAUUGGCACCAAGUUCGAGGACUUGAAGCAGAUAAUUGACAAGGUCGAGGACAAGGAGCGGGUUGGCGUGUGCAUUGACACCUGCCACGCCUUUGCGGCUGGCUACGACCUGAGAACGCCGGAGAAGUUCCAUGAGACGAUGAAGGAGUUUGACGAGAUUGUCGGCAACAAGUACCUCAAGGCGUUCCAUCUCAACGACAGCAAAGCCCCUUUCGCCUCCCACCGCGACCUGCACGCCAACAUCGGCACGGGCUUCCUGGGUCUGCGCGCCUUCCACACGCUCGUCAACCACGAGCCCUUCCAGGACCUCCCCAUGGUCCUUGAGACGCCCAUCGACCGCAAGGACGCCAACGGCAAGACGGUCGAGGACAAGAAGGUGUGGGCGGACGAGAUCAAGCUGCUGGAGCGGCUGAUUGGCAUGGACGCCGACGGCAAAGAGUUCAAGGACCUCGAGAAGGAGCUGCAGGGCCAGGGCGAGGGCGAGAGAAGCAAGAUCCAGGACCAAGUGGAUCGCAAGGCGGAGAAGGAUGCGAAGAAGGGAACCAAGGGGUCGAAGAAGGGUGCGGCAGGGAAGGGGAAGAAGAAGAAGGCCGAGGCCGAUGAUGAGAGUGAGUAG